AUGAAUGGAAAAACUUUCAUCACCGUGGUGGAUACUUUAGGUAAUAUAUUAGGUAACCAAAUUAAUGCUAACUCGGGUCAUGCGUUUGGAGCAGGCUGGUCCUCCUCGUCGUCGGGGUCUCUUGUGGAUGAGGCCAGUGCCGCGAGCCGCCGGGCACGCUCAAACUCGGACUCGUCCGGGUUGCCUGAACUCACAACAGGCGAAAGAUCGGAAUCCUCACUGGCUUCCAAAGUUGGCGACGAUGGCUCGCUAACACUCACCUUGCGCGAGUCCGCUCUCAGCAGCUUCUUGAUCUUGCUCUCCAUCCGUUUGUCUUGCGCAGCAGCAGAGGAAGGAAUCAAGUCGUCGUUCGUCUGCUGGCUGCUUUCCUCGUCCGGCUCCUUUUCUUUGCGGAGCCCAACCAUCUUGAGAGCCUUGUUCAAUGUGUCUGUCUUCUCGGCAGGAAGCUUCUUCUGGUUGAUUCUGUACCGACCAACCACCUCUCCAUCCGCAUUCUCAAUGAUGAUGUUGUCGUCUAUACGGAAUCCGUGA